UUCUCUGAGUGCUUGACGUGCAUUUUCUCGCAGUUUGUCCUACGAGCAUUAGUUUUCUGUUUCUCUGAGUUGUCAGCGGGUUUCAAGAGAUCUCUUUGAGUAUUUGAGUUCUCUGUUUGGUGAGUGUUUUUGUUCGGGGGAAUUUAAGUUUAGUGUUUCUUUGAGUCUUUCUUGAGUUCUUGAGUUUUCUAGUUCUCAGAGUCUUUGGUGGCUGUUCGUCUGUGAGUAUGAGUUUUCCAGUUCUCAGAGUCUUUGGUGGCUGUUCCUCUGUGAGCAUUUGAGUGUUUUGGUUACUCUGAGUCUUUAGUGGGUGUUUUUGAGUAUUUAAGUUUUGUGUUUCUCCAAGUGUUGCUAGGUGUUUCUCUCUGAGUAUUGAUUUUUCUAGUUCUCUGAAUCUUGUGGGUGUUUUUCUUUCUCACUAUUUGUGUUUCUGGUUCUCUGAGUCUGGUAGGUGUCUAACUCUUUGAGUCUUUGGUAGUUAGAGUAUUUGAGCUGUCUGGUUCUCUGAGUCUGGUGGUUGUCUAACUCUUCGAGUCUUUGGUAGUUAGAGUAUUUGAGCUGUCUGGUUCUCUGCGUCUGGUGGGUGUUUAACUCUUUGAGUCUUUGGUAGUUAGAGUAUUUGAGCUGUCUGGUUCUCUGAGUCUGGUGGGUGUCUAACUCUUUGAGUCUUUGGUAGUUAGAGUAUUUGAGCUGUCUGGUUCUCUGGUGGGUGUUUAACUCUUUGAGUCUUUGGUAGUUAGAGUAUUUGAGCUGUCUGGUUCUCUGAGUCUGGUGGGUGUCUAACUCUUUGAGUCUUUGGUAGUUAGAGUAUUUGAGCUGUCUGGUUCUCUGAGUCUGGUGGGUGUUUAACUCUUUGAGUCUUUGGUAGUUAGAGUAUUUGAGCUGUCUGGUUCUCUGAGUCUGGUGGGUGUCUAACUCUUUGAGUCUUUGGUAGUUAGAGUAUUUGAGCUGUCUGGUUCUCUGAGUCUGGUGGGUGUCUAACUCUUCGAGUCUUUGGUAGUUAGAGUAUUUGAGCUGUCUGGUUCUCUGAGUCUCGUGGGUGUCUAACUCUUCGAGUCUUUGGUAGUUAGAGUAUUUGAGCUGUCUGGUUCUCUGAGUCUCGUGGGUGUCUAACUCUUCGAGUCUUUGGUAGUUAGAGUAUUUGAGCUGUCUGGUUCUCUGAGUAUGUGCUAGGUGUUCUCUUCUCGUGCGUUUCCCUGAAUGCCUGUUUCUGCGCGUUUCUCUGAAAGUUUCUCCUGGCCUGUAAUUACAUCAGCUCACAGGAGCUUCCAGUCACUGCUCCGGGCGCUGCGUCCUCUGGAGACGGCGGCAGGAUGAGUCUCUGAUGCGGCUCAGGCGUGAAAACUCGCCUCUCGGCCGCUGGGAGUUCCAGUCCGGACCCUUCCCGGUAACACGCUGCGGCUGCGCGCGCUGACAGCACUCACUCAGACAAAGCAGACGAAGAAAAAAAAACUCUAUGGCACGCGGCGAACGGGAACGUAAACAUGUCCACGCGCUUAACGCGUUUCUAAUUAAAGCCUCGCGCCAUGUAGACUAAACUCGAGGGGGUUCGUCAUCAUCACUAUCAACAUCAUCACCAUCAUCAUCACCAUCAUCAUCAUCAUUCUUCCUACGUCUACGUGGGGCGAUAAAAAAGCGCGGGAGACAGAAGGGGGCGAGUUCAGCUCUCGAGCUUCUUUGCCGCACGCGUCUCCGAUUUGGAUGGACAAGCUCGGCCGCGCGCGCGCGCUACACCGGACGCACCGGACGCACGGCUUUGAGCGCUCGCGCCCCGGCGACUUUUAGCCGAGCUUGAGAAGAAGAAAAGCAGCGAGGCGACCAAAGCAGGACUGAACCCUUUCGGGAAUAAGUUAUUAACUGGUGUGGUCGAAGUCUCUGUAGCUCUUCCACCGCCGUGUGACUUUGUCUUCGCGAGCGUCAUUCAAAGAUGCACGCGCUGCGGGCUCCUCUCGUGGUGGCGCUCGCGCUGCUAGUUCUGUCCCAGCGCAUGAGCGGCCGGCCGAUGGAUGACAGUGUGGACGGGAGCGACAAGCUGCUCGAGCGGAUUGCGCAGACUACCUCCGAGAAAGAGCGCGCGCUGGAGCGCGAGAACGCGCAAAGGCACGGGCUGAAGACGGAGAGCGGAGAACAAAUACUCGAAAUCUUCCCCAGAGACCUCAGAAAGAAGGAGAAGUUUUUAAAACACUUAACAGGGCCUCUAUAUUUCAGUCCAAAGUGCAGAAAGCAUGUCUACAGGCUCUACCACAAUACCAGAGACUGCACUAUUCCUGCAUAUUAUAAAAGAUGUGCGCGGCUUCUUACCCGACUGGCAGGGAGUCCGAGGUGCCUAGAAAGCUAACAUCACCAGCAGGCUCAAGCCAAACCAGAGCGACCCGGAGGAGGAGAAAAAAAAAGUCAAGUGCCUUUUGGAUAUGAGCAGAGAAUCCAAACCAACACUCAGCAUUCCAUCCAAUCAGCAAAACAUGUCCAAAACACGGGCUCUGCUGCUCCAGAGGACAGAUGGACAAAGGAACAGAACAGGGGAAUUCAUGGACACUGGUAGAUGGGAACAGACAAUGGAUAUAGGCCUGCAUGUCCUCAGCUUGAAGGUCUGAAGUAGAAAGGAGCUGUGUGGAUAUUAGGGACAUUAAAAUAUGCAUUUGACUCAUGUGGGCCUAAACAACUACCAGAAAAGGGACUGCCUUGACUUUGUCCUUUGUUGUAAUAAGAUAAUGACACAUCUUUGUCAUUGUUUCGCUUUUUGUGACAUGCCUUGGUGGGGUUGUACUUCACAUUGUGGCGAAGUAAAAGGUGUUCCGCUCACCGUCUCUUCUGCUUUCACCUCCGAAAGCCACCCUUAACUUAUUUUUCUGCAUGACACGCUUUCCAUUUCGCCUUUGGGUUUACCAACAAGUGUCAGCAAAACAGGCACACGUUCGCUGUGACAAAGUACCUGAGAAUGUGUAUGACUGUGGAUUAGUAAAUAUAGUGCAUAUAUUUUGAUGUACAUGAUGUAUAGAGGUGAAAAGCCAGAGGUCAAUGUGUAAAUACUGUACAAAAAAACUAAACAAAAGGAGACAUAAAAUCCCUAUAAUGAGUAUAUGCUGUAUGUGUCUGAUAUAUCAAUGAAGUAUAGGGAUGCAUAUAUUUAAAAGAAAGUAUAUUUAAAUAAAUUAUAUGAUUGUUA